GUCCGGGGGCAGCCGGGGGCUCAGGUGCGCCCGGAUGGCGGCGACGGGCGGCGGCGGCGGCUCCGCGUCCGGGUCGAGGAAGCCGGGCUCCCCGCGGGACUCGGAGUCGGAGGUGUGGUCCCGCCGCGUGCGGGAGCUGGUGAGCGCGGAGCCGGCCAGCCGCCUGUGCUUCGAGUGCGGGCAGCGCGGCGUCACCUACGUGGACAUCACCAUCGGCAGCUUCGUCUGCACCGCCUGCUCGGGGGCGCUCCGUGGCCUGAAUCCCCCUCACAGGGUGAAGUCCAUCUCCAUGACCACCUUCACAGAGGCCGAGGUCCAGUUCCUCCAGUCCCGUGGAAACGAAGCCUGCCGGAAGAUCUGGUUGGGGUCUUUCGACUCGCGGUCGUCCCUGCUGCCAGAUUCUCAAGACCCUCAGAAAGUGAAGGAGUUUCUGCAGGAGAAAUACGAGAAGAAGCGAUGGUAUGUGUCGCCUGACCAAGCCAAAAGCCUGGCCACGCCCAGUGCCCAGGGCUCCCCUGCAGAAGCCAAGAUGGGCGCCAAGGCCCCCCAGGUGUCAGAGAAGGCCCCAGCACUGCCUGCCCAGCCGGCCAAGAAGGCCAGCACAGACCUCCUGGCGGACAUAGGGGGGGACCCCUUUGCAGCCCCCCCACCCAGGCCUGCCUUCUCUGCCUUUGGAGGCCCAGGAGCAGCUCACCCCGCCUUCCCCAGCUUCGAUGCCUUUGCGGGAGGCCCAUCAGUGUCGACUUUUGGGGACCCCUUGGCCUCCAGCCAGAGCCCUUUCCAGGGUCACCCGAUCACUGCAGGUGGUGCCCACAUGGGAGCCUUCCCCGCCUCCCCUGCCAGCCAGCCCGGGAUGGGCAUCUCGAGCCUGGGCGGAGCCUUCCGCGUGGGAGGGGUGCCAAGCAGCGUCUUCGGACCCCUCAGCCAGUCCCCCGUUCUGCCCCCCUCCAGCCCCGCGGCGGUCUUUGGGGUCCCCACCUGCACUAACCCCUUUGCCAGCCCGGUGGUCUCCCAGCCCACGCUUCCGUCCACCAACCCCUUCCAGACCAACGGCUUCACCCAAGGCACCUUCAUGGUCGGGUCCCCCAGCAGCUUCUCGGCCUCUCCCCUCUCCGCCACUUUCGCUUCCCCGCUGCAGCAGGAGCCGCUGUUCUUCCCCACACAAGGAGUCGUGGGUCAGCAGCACAAUGGGGGGUCGCCCUUCAGUGGGUUUCCUGCCGCCCGAGAUGGACAGAGGCCACUUGGACUCCCUGCCGGCUACUCCACCAACCCUUUUGUGAACCCGAUGGCCGCAGCACCUUCGCCUCCCUUCGCCCAGGCAAAGCAUCCCCCCACCAACCCUUUCUCCUAGCACCCUCCGGCCUCCAGAGCGGAUGGAGACCCUCAGCUGGGGGGGGGGGGGCUCACAUCUGCACAGCAGGGCCUCUGUCCCCAGGAAUGACAGGGCCCCUGCCUCGGAGGAACGGGUCACGUGGGCAGCCGGGGCCCGAGCAGAGGGCAGGAGGGGAGGGUUGGCAGCCAAGGCCAAAGACACCUUGUGGAGGGCUGGAGGGCCCCCCCCCCCCCCGGAAUCGCCCCCCCCCCCCCCCCCCCCAGCCCAGAGCCUGCCGAAGGGGCCCCUGAGGUGGGUCUCCAGCAGCUUCUUGGCUUGGGGCCCCUCCCACCCUGGGGACUCCCAGGAGGCCCUGCAGUUUCAACUGGGGGGGUCGUCAGUGCAAUUGGCCUAAUCUGUGUGCAAUCUGGUGCCACUUCUCUCUUCGGCCUGUCCCGUUUCCCACUCGCCUGCCCCCCCCUUCCCACUGCCCACCAGGCAGCGUCUGGUCAGGGGAAGGUUAGCAGGGGGAGAAGGCCAGAGACCCCUCAACUGCCCCUCCUCCCUCUCGCCUUUUUCUUGCACUAAACCUGGGGGGGGGUCAGUCAGGGAUGCUUCAGCUAGUGAGCCUCCGUGAGGGAGCUUUGUGCCCCCCAUCAGCCAUGGCCCCUGAGGGACCCUGGAGAGAGAGAAGCGGGAACCCCCUCCCAGCACUGCAGAGAAGCUUUGUAGCACUAGGAGCUGCCCCCUCCCGCCGAUGUCCUUUUCAGAGGGGAGGGUCUCCUGUCAUGUGCCAUAUGGUUUGGAGCCUUUUGGGAGGGGGGGCUGGGCAGUCAACCUCCCCCC